AGCACGUGACCAGCAGGCGCACAAAAAGGAGCCUUAACACCGCCCGCUCCCACAGCACACACUGACUCUCUCCACCGGCUGACUGCCCGUCCGGCUUCACUGUAUUUGACAUUGACAGUAUCUGGGGAGGCAACCCACGAUAAUUCCCUCCGGCAUAUAAUCAAAACAACAACAUUUGUAGUUUCACACUGGCUCUCAGUUCUUUGUGGAGUUGCUGCCACUGUUGGUGAAGAGAGCGAAGACAAGCGACUGGUUUACUCCCAGUUUAGUUUAGUUUUUUUUUUUUUUGUUUGCCUUAUUGAUCGAGGCAAGAUGUUUGUGCUGAGAAAAUCAAGAUGUCCUUUUGCAUGGAUAUAAAGCUGUUACACCACACUCCUCUCCAUUAAGCAUCUCUACAUCCACAACUCAGCCAUGAAGUUGGCUUUGCACAGGAUAGCAGGCACCACAAUGAGUACAUUAACAGCAGGUGUCCAGUAUCUCGGCUCCAACGACGCCAGCUACGAUGACACCUCCAUUGACUCGACUCUAAUCAAGAACCGAUUCCACUUUGAGAAGCCUCACUCCGCCUCGAUUAGCAACUCAUUUCCUGGAAAUAAAGAGGUCAUUUACAGCGGCCUUGCUCCCAUUUUCCCCACAAAUGUGUCAGACUUUCUGCUGAGUAAUGGCACCUCUGUGGACAGCGGAGGGGCGGUACAGUGUGGGGAGGACUUUGUGGACAACAUGGAGUGUUUUAUGAUUCUGACUCCCGGUCAGCAGCUCGCAGUCGCCAUCCUGGCACUCACCCUGGGUACAUUUACUGUGCUGGAGAACCUCAUGGUGCUGUGUGUGAUCCUACACUCCCAGACGCUUCGGUCUCGGCCUUCCUACCACUUCAUAGGCAGCCUAGCUGUGGCUGAUCUGAUAGGCAGCAUAAUUUUUGUCUAUAGCUUCCUGGAUUUCCACGUCCUCCACAGGAAGGACAGCCCCAAUAUUUUCCUCUUCAAGCUGGCCGGGGUCAUCGCCUCCUUCACCGCCUCUGUGGGCAGUCUGUUUCUCACUGCCAUAGACCGCUACAUCUCCAUCCACAGGCCCAUGGCGUACAAACGCAUCGUCACAAAGACUAAAGCAGUCAUUGCCUUCAGUGUGAUGUGGACCAUCUCCAUUGUCUUCUCACUGCUGCCGCUGCUGGGGUGGAACUGCAAGCGUCUCAACUCUGUCUGCUCGGACAUUUUCCCUCUAAUCGACCAGAAGUACCUUAUGUUCUGGAUCGGGAUGACAAUUAUCUUGGUCCUGUUCAUCAUCUACGCCUACAUGUUCAUCCUCUGGAAGUCCCACCACCAUGCUGUCCGCAUGCUGAGCCGCAGCUCCCAGAGGAGUGUGAUUGUCUACACUGCAGAGGGGACUAAAGUGCAGACGGUGAGGCCCGAGCAGGCACGGAUGGAUCUCCGCCUGGCUAAAACCCUGGUUCUGAUCCUGGUGGCCCUCAUCAUCUGCUGGGGCCCACUUCUAGCCAUCAUGGUUUACGACCUCUUUGGGAAGGUGAACGACUUCAUCAAGACUGUGUUUGCAUUUUGCAGCAUGCUCACCCUGCUCAACUCAACCGUGAAUCCUGUGAUCUACGCCAUGAGGAGCAAGGACCUGCGCAGGGCUUUCCUCAACAUCUGCCAUAUGUGCCGGGUAGCAACGCAGCCUCUGGACAACAGCGCUGAGAGUGACUGGAACAGCAGGAGUGUAAGAGGCACAGCAGCAGGCAGGGCGGGGAAAUAUGGAGCCGACUGUGGAAAGACUCGAGUAAAAGUAGCCCAGGUUACUGUUUCUGGAGUGACUGAGUCUUCUACAGCAGAGCCAGUGUAAAAGACAAGCUGCCCUGCUCUGGUACAACUGUGAAGUUAUUGUAGAAUAGCCCCGACCCUCCUAGUGAACUGCUCUGUUACUGUGAAAUGUGCCAAAUAAAAGACUUAGAUACAAAACUAAAGAACAAGUUUCUGUUGCUUUUGUUUUAAAGCUGAAAUGAGUAAUAUUUAUAUAUUAUCCAACUGUAUGGUGGAGUGUGAUUAUACUCUUAAGAACUGUGCAUUAUCUGUUAUUGAGAAAUGGUUUGUUAAGUUGCACAAGUCUAAAUGACAAUGCCAAUUUUAUCUCAUUUCAUUCAGUAAACAAUAUAGUUGUAUUUACGAAAACUUUUUUUUCUGCAACAACCGUUACAACACUCUGCUCUGUCACCUUUGCUGUAGUUUGAAUGUGCAUAAAGUUACAGAUUUCAGCUUUAAGGUAGACAAGUAUGGAGUUCUCUUUUGUUCUUUCUUUUUCACCCUACUUCAUAGCACUAUUGUGGCAAUGAUGCAAGGUGAAACUGUGUCUACCUUCAUGCAACAUGUCAGUUUUGAAUGACAGCACACUGCUUGUAAGUAAAAUUAGCAUCCUAUUAGUGAUUUGAAAUCAGCUGUUGAUGAUUUUGUAAGACCAUGAUAUUGUACAGUUUGGCAUUCUAAUGUUGUUUUACUUUAUUUAUUGUAUUUUUUUUACUUGUACUUUGCAAAGUAAAAUGGUGAGUCGUACUUUGAAAUAUGAACGGCUUUUUGAUCAAAUCAAAACUUUAGUCUGUCGUGAUUUGGGAAUGUUACAUUGUUGCUUAUAACACAUGUGUUUAUGAAACAAUUACAGCAGUUUGUGAGAAGCUACACUGGUAUUUGUGUGAGGCAUCCAUUGUACAAUUGUGUCUCAUAACUGUGUAUACGCAAGGACAUGAGUUCAAUAAAUAUAUGACAUUUGUCUAUUUUUA